AUGGUGGACUCUGAACUUGUCGGCGUGAAUAAGGCACUCAAGAAGAAGGUGUGGGUGAAUGCCAUGAAGGAAGAACUUGAGGCAAUUGAAAGAAACAAGACACAAGAAUUGAUUGUUCGACCAAAUAACAAGAAAGCCAUCAAUGUGAGAUGGGUUUUCAAGAUAAAUCUGAAGUCAUAUGGUUCAGUUUCCAAGCAUAAAGCAAGGUUAGUAACUAGAAGAUUCCUACAAAAUUAUGAUUUAGACUACUUUGAAGUGUUUUCACCUGUAGCUAGAUAUGAAACCAUAAGACUGGUUAUUGUUAUAGCUGCAAAUAGUAAUUGGCCUCUAAUACAUUUAGAUAUGAAAUCAACUUUUUUAAACGGCCAAUUGCAUGAAGAAGUUUAUGUCUUACAACAUCCUGGAGUAUGGAUGGAGAUUUUAUACUCUCAUAAGGGAAUCAUUUUACACCAACUAAAGUAUGAGCUUGAGUUGCUGAAGAGAUUUGAGUUGAUGAAUUGUAAGUCUGCAAUUACACCUACUGAGACAAACUAUAAACUAAAUUUUAAUGUUGAUGGUGAAGAUGUAGAUGUUACAGCCUUCAAAGAGUUGGUUGGAUCUCUGACAUAUCAAUGUAACACCAGGCUUGACAUAUGUUGUGCAGUUCAAAUGAGUAGACAGAAGAAGCACUACAAGAUACAUGUUUAUGUAUCUAGGAGCUCUCAUUUCUUGGAACUGAAGUUCAAGUUGAUCAAACCAAUUAGAUUGAUGAUAGACAAUAAAUCAUCCAUAAGUUUUUCCAAGAAUCAGUUGAUGCAUGGAAGAAGAAAGCAUAUUAACACUGAGUAUAUUUUUUUGCGCAACCAAGUUCAAAAUGGAGUGCUUGAGGUUAAUGUGUAUAAACUCAAAGUUAGUUACAAAUUUAUUCUGGACCAACGAAAGAGUUCAAAAGAGCACAGAGACCCAACACGCGAAAAGGAAAACUAUGGGUGUACAUGGGUUGGCUUGGACUGA